CUCUGAGGUUUCAUGGGCUUGCUGGUAUUUAUACCAAAGGCUCAUCGGGACUCAGUCCCAGAGGAAAGGAGCUCUCGCCUCCACGCUUUUCCCCCAGGUCCCCCUGAACGCCAGCCACUCCCGGCCCCACCAUGUGCGAGGAGGAAACCACCGCCCUGGUCUGCGACAACGGCUCCGGUCUCUGCAAAGCCGGCUUUGCCGGUGACGAUGCCCCCCGCGCCGUCUUCCCCUCCAUCGUGGGGCGGCCCCGGCACCAGGGUGUCAUGGUAGGCAUGGGGCAGAAAGACAGCUACGUGGGCGACGAGGCGCAGAGCAAGAGGGGGAUCCUCACGCUCAAGUACCCCAUUGAGCACGGCAUCAUCACCAACUGGGAUGACAUGGAGAAGAUCUGGCAUCACUCCUUCUACAACGAGCUGCGCGUGGCCCCUGAGGAGCACCCAACCCUGCUCACCGAGGCACCCCUCAACCCCAAGGCCAACCGGGAGAAGAUGACCCAGAUCAUGUUUGAAACCUUUAACGUCCCCGCCAUGUACGUCGCCAUCCAAGCCGUCCUCUCCCUCUACGCCUCCGGCCGCACGACCGGCAUUGUCCUCGACUCUGGGGACGGCGUCACCCACAACGUGCCCAUCUACGAGGGCUACGCUCUGCCCCACGCCAUCAUGCGUCUCGACUUGGCCGGCCGCGACCUCACUGACUACCUCAUGAAGAUCCUCACUGAGAGGGGCUACUCCUUCGUCACCACCGCCGAGCGGGAAAUCGUGCGUGACAUCAAGGAGAAGCUCUGCUACGUGGCCCUUGACUUUGAGAACGAGAUGGCCACGGCUGCUUCCUCCUCCUCGUUGGAGAAAAGCUACGAGCUCCCUGAUGGGCAGGUCAUCACCAUCGGGAACGAGCGUUUCCGCUGCCCAGAGACCCUCUUCCAACCCUCCUUCAUCGGCAUGGAGUCAGCCGGCAUCCACGAGACAACCUACAACUCCAUCAUGAAGUGUGACAUCGACAUCCGCAAGGACCUCUACGCCAACAACGUGUUGUCCGGCGGCACCACCAUGUACCCCGGCAUCGCCGACCGCAUGCAGAAGGAAAUCACGGCGCUGGCUCCCAGCACCAUGAAGAUCAAAAUCAUCGCCCCACCGGAGCGGAAGUACUCGGUGUGGAUCGGCGGCUCCAUCCUGGCGUCCCUCUCCACCUUCCAGCAGAUGUGGAUCAGCAAACCCGAGUACGACGAGGCCGGACCCUCCAUCGUCCACCGAAAAUGCUUCUAAGCCCCCUCCCCACAGCGGCCCCCCCUGCCCGGGUUGGGGUGCUCCGCUCCUCCUCGGUCCCCGCUGCUCCUCCCUGCCACCCACUGUGCAUUAAAGCCUUUUCUCCAG